GCGGGCGCGCGGCCGGCGGCGCGGGGCUCGGCUGGGCGCGGAGCGGGCGCGGGGGAAGAUGGAAGGAGCGUCCUUCGGAGCGGGCCGGGCGGGGGGCGCCAUCGACCCCGUGGAUUUCCUCAAGCAGCCGCAGACCCUCCUCCGGGUGACCACCUGGAUCUUCUCCAUCGUGGUGUUCGGCUCCAUCGUGAACGAGUGCUACGUGAACAAGGACAGCCAGCACCCCGAGCUGCUCUGCAUCUUCAACGAGAAUGAGAGCGCCUGCAGCUACGGCAUCGCCGUGGGCGUCAUCGCCUUCUUCGGCUGCAUCUUCUUCUUCGUGCUGGACCUGCAGUUCCAGCAGAUCAGCAGCGUCAAGGACCGCAAACGGGCCGUGCUGCUGGACCUGGGCUUCUCAGGUUUCCUGGCCUUCCUGUGGUUUGUAGCCUUCUGCUUCCUGGCAAACCAGUGGCAGAGGACGACGCUGACCCGGGGCUUCUCGCAGGGCGCGGACGCGGCGCGGGCGGCCAUCACCUUCUCCUUCUUCUCCAUCAUCAUCUGGGUGGUGCUGGCGCUGCGGGCGCUGCAGCGGUACCGCCUGGGCACGGACAUGUCCCUGUUCGCCACCGAGCAGUUCGGCACCGACCCCGGCGCCUCCUACCCCGGCUACCCCGGCGGCAGCGGCGUGGAGAGCACGGAGACCUACCAGAGCCCCCCGUUCACCGAGACCUUAGAGGCCAACCCCAAAGGUUACCAAGUGCCAGCGUACUGAGGGGCCGCGGCGGUGCCACCCCCGCCCGGUCCCCGAUGUCCCCAGCCCCGUUUCCUUGCCGUGGCGAGUCAGUGCCGGGUCCCUUUAUUAGCUCGUUGUGCAGUGAAUUCUGUACAGUGGUAUUGGUUCUUGUCUUACCUGUCCCAGGGUUUCUAAAAGCAGUGUUCCCUCUAAGCCAGGAGGAAGGAAGGUUGGUACCGCAUCACCGACACGUGGGGAGGAGGAGGAGGAGGAGGAGAUGUCCCCUCCGAGCUCGGCUGGGAAAGCCCAGGACACCUUUUCCUCUUAGAAAACAGCAGCCGAGGAAUUCUUAUCUCGUUCUUCCAGAGCUAACACAGAAUCCAGCGAGGGGGGUGGGCAGUGGGGGGAGCUGGCCCUGGCUGCUCCCGCUGUGGAGCUUCCAGUCCAAGUUCCAGGAAAGUGCCAAAUUCACAGGGAAAUCGGUGGUGCCUGUGUUUUCCUUUGUAUAUACUUGCUGCACAAAACAAAUAUCCAAACGGGUGUUUCCAGGCUUGGUUUAGAGGCACAGGGGGGCACGGCAGGCCGGGGUUGGGAGCGGUAUCCGGAGCGCUCCUACGCUCCAGCAGGUCCUGGUUGAGGGUUUCAAAAGUUGCUGUUUGAAAUGGAAACCAGCAGGAGCUGGUUGCUGACUGGGAGUAGCCUGUGGUCAGGGGGAAUGGGGCACUUCGUGGUUCCGUUUCCUCGUGGGGGAUUGGGAACUGUGCAAAUUCCUAAGGAAUUUUGGGUUGGCGGCACUGACAUCCUCACCCCGGAGAGGUGAGGGCCGAGGUGAAGGGCUCAGACUCGACAUCCAAGGCCAUUAGGAGCAAUAUUGGACUUGCAUUUUUAUUCUGGGAGCAGCCGCCAUCCGUCAGCUGCAGCAGAAGCCCGGGUGGGGACACGUGUGUCACCCUGCAGCCUCCAGAAAUGAGGGAUUCAGGCAGGGAGCCGGGAGGGCUGCACAGGCCAUCGGAGUCCAUCCCGUGUGGGCUCACAGCCGUGUCGGAGGUGGUGUGGGAAGAGUCAGUGAAAAGCAGCCAGGAACAGGCUCGGGCCGGGGCUUCAGCUGCAAAGAACAAAGGAGAGGAGGGAAUGUGUAAAACCCAGCAGAUCAGCCACCUGCCACCUCUCCCUGCCCGUGUGGCAGCUGGUCCGGGCUGUGCCACUGAGGGCUGGAACUCGAAUUCCCAGCCCGUGGGUGGCAGCUCCGUCCCUGGAGGCUCCCGGCGCUCCGGGCUCCUGCCGGCAAAGCCACCGCUGCCUCGGAGCAACAGCCACCACCUGUCCCCUCCCUGCCACAGGUCGCCGUCGCCACAGCUCAUCCUGCUGCUGGGUGGCAGAUCAGUGUGCUAAUUAAUGAGCAGCAGGUUAAUGCUAAUUAAGCAGCCAGUCGUGCCCAGGGCAGGCCGCUGGCGAAGCUCCUUGCCUUGGCUCCGGGUCCUGGCUGUGCCCAGCCCCUCACAGGUGCCUGACCACGACACCCCAGUGCAGCAUCAGCCUCAAGGGAUUCCGGGAUCUUUGUGGUUUUGUGGAGUCAGUUUUGCUGGGAAAGAAAAAAAAAAAAAAACCCGAGGAUUUUGAUACAGGGUACGGUAGAACUGUAGCAAUAUUUUCCUUAGAGGGAACACUGAAACUUUAGCAGCACAAACAGUACUUGUGUUAAUAUUUUAGCAAAAUUAUAAUCAAUUUAAAUGUUUAAAUUGAUUGUACGUGAGAUAAUGUUCGUUGGGUACAGUGUAUUUUUUCUAACUAUAACAUAACUGUUCCAGAGUUUCCGUGUAACCGUAAAGAGCUAAAGCUGUGUCUGCCUGCGGGACACGUCCUGCCCCGUGUGCCCCCUGCUGAAUAUUACACGCUCUGAAUGUCC